AUGAGUGGCCAAAGAGUGGCUCAAUUUGUGGAUGACGAUUUUGGCGAAUUUGGACUGGAAAAUGCACCGGCAAGGACGAGAGAUGUAUUUGAGGCAGACAAGAGACGGCCACUUUCAUCGGACAAUCAACGGGAUAAGGAGACAGCAGUCGAUCGGCUGAGUGACCUGCCGGAUUCCUUAAUUCUCCACAUCCUUUCUUUCCUGGGCUCUGAUGUGACCAAAGUUGCAGCUACCUGCGUGCUGUCCAAAAGAUGGCAAUAUAUCUGGCCUCAACUGCCCAGGCUGGCCUUCCUUCAAGAAGAGUGCCUCAACUCUACCUGGGAUAUCGAGAAAUCAAGCAGUUUCGUGUCAUGGGUACACAGGACCCUCCUUUUCCGCACCACUACUCAUUUGGAGGAGUUUAAGGUCAGCUUUCUGUACGGCGAGUGCUAUGCCUCAGAUGUCAACGCUUGGGUUUUGUAUUCCUCUUCUUCCUUGGAGUCCUUGUUCUUGGGUCGCUGCAUUUUGGGUCCACAGAGCACGAUUGAGUGGCCAUCUUUGACUUGGUUAAACAUUAACGAUGUGGAGCUAAACGAAUGUGUGAUUCAAAAGAUACUAUCAUGUUGUCCAGUCCUGCGUAAGCUGCGGCUGAAAUCAUGCUGGGGAUUCAAGCGUUUGGAUGUAAAUUCUGAGAGUAUUAAAGGCCUUACGGUGUUGGACUAUGAAGAUAACAGCAUAUUCGAAUUGAUGAAUAUCUCGGCACCCUUUCUACAGGAGCUACACGUCUCAUUUCGUCCGAGAAAGACAAAACUGCAGCUCAUGAAUGUAUCAUCCCUUGUUAGCGCCAACAUCGAUUUCGAUGUAACCAAUGUAUCUGUUGAGGUAAUGAUUGACGCAAUGGAACUUCUUGAAAAGACUCAACAUGCCCGUGGACUUGUACUAAGAGGCGAAUGCAUUAAGGUUCUAUCAAAGUUGGUGGCGCAUGGGUGGCGGCCUCCACAAUCGUCCAAGCGAAAUUGGUUGACAUUAGAAACUUCGCGGGAGGAGAUUAGCAUUCCUGGAAUACUUGCCCUGCUCGAAUCUUGUCCAAACCUCAAGAAACUUCUUAUAGACAGUUGUGAUUCUUACAAGGAAUCUGUCAGGACAUGGACCCCUGCUGCAAGGGACGAUUUGGAUCUCGACUUAGUGCACUUGAAGACUGUUCGUUUAUUUGAUAUUGCUGAUCCCAAUUUAGGCGGUGAGCCGAUGCUUACAUUGGCCCGAAUCUUGCUUAAGAGAGCUACAUCAUUGAAAAAGAUGGUGAUCGAUGCAUUUGAAAAUCUAACCAAUUUUCCGGAUUUUGCAAAGAUGUCUGAAACAGUACUUAGUUACCCGAAAUCCUCGGGAAAAGCAGUGAUCAUCCUUCGUCAGUGA